UUUAUUUAUCGUUAUUUAAGAUUUCUAAAUGUGUACUUCGUGAGAUGAUUAAAAUUCAAAGAAGUUUUUUUUUUGGGGGGUGUUAAUUUGGAUAAGAAAAUUUCAUGGGUUAGUUGGGAGUACAUGUGUGUGGAUAAGGGGAGAAGAGGCUUAGGAGUGGCUGAUUUGGAGAGGAGAAACUGCAAUUUGUUGGGAAAAUUGUGGUAUAGGCUAGGUGAUGGUGUUGAUGGUUUAUGGAAGCGGGUUCUUUGGGAGAAAUAUUAUGGGGGUAGAAAGGAGGCUGAUGUUACGUCAGUGGUGAAUUGGAAUAUGUCCGGUGUGUGGAAGGACAUUAUGGGUCUAGGCAGAGGGUCAGAAAGGUUGGUGGCAAUGUUAGGAAAAGGUUUUAAGUGGAAUGUUGGGAAUGGGAGUUGUGUAGAUUUUUGGCAUGAUAAAUGGGUGGGGGAUAAACCAUUGAGGAAUUUAUUUCCUCGGUUGUAUGCAUUAGCUAAUAGUAGGGAGGGACAAUUAAAGGAUAUGGGGUAUUGGAGUGCUGAAAAUUGGAUAUGGGAUUGUAGGUGGAGGAGAGGUUGUGUAGGGAGGGGAGUGGGGGAGGAAGAACAGUUUAGGAAGUUAAUUAAUAGGGUCAGGUUACAUAAGGGAGAAGCUGAUUCUUGGAGAUGGAUCCAUAGUGGUGAUGGUGUAUACUCGGCAAAGAAGGCUUAUGAUUUUUUAUCAUCGAAAUGUUGUGUUUUGGAUGAGAAAUGGUCUAGGGUCAUUUGGGGUAGUUAUGUACCUUCCAAAUUGAGUGUUUUUGGGUGGAGAUUAUUUUUGAACAAGUUAGCUACAAAGGAUAACUUGUGUCGGAGAGGGGUUGCUCUAUCAGGGGGGAAUGUUUGUUGUGGGCUUUGCCAUGAGGGCGUUGAGCAACUCCAACAUAUCUUUUGUGAUUGUAAACCAGUUUGGUUGGUGUGGAUGAAGGUUUUGGGUUGGUGGGGUGUACAGAGUUCUUUGCCAAAAGAUGUCUUUGGAUUGGCAGAUGUUGUGGUGGCUGGAAUCAAUGGGUGGAGUUGGACAGAUUUAGGGCCUCUUAUUUUUUUGGUUACUGCUUGGUAUGUUUGGUUUUGGAGAAAUUUGAAAGUGUUUGGGGCAGGUGAAAGGUUCGAAGAGCAGAUAUUGGAUUCUAUUCAAUCUAAAUCUUUUUUCUGGCUGAAAAACAAGGAACAAGGCUGCAGUUUUUCCUAUACAAAUUGGAUUUUACGACCAUUGGAGUGCAAGAAGGCCAUUGUUCAACAUGGUAGGAAUCUAAGGAAUUAUAAGAGGAUGUAUCAAGUGCUGAACCAGGGGGACUUAUGAGGAUAGAGCUCAAGUUCAGGGUGCUACGUCUAUGCUAUUGAAAGACUUGCUGGAGAUGGUAACAUGAAGUUUGAAAGGGUUGCUAUGGGCAUUAAGGCAAGGGAUUUCUACUGGCCCAAUCUGUCAUUUUUUUUUUUUUGGGUGUUUCUCUAGUCUUGUGACAUAUGGUGUGUUAGUUAUCUGUUUGUAGGGAGUGUGUUGGUUUACUUUCUCUUUUAUUUUUGUAAGUGGGUAGGAGUACCCCUUGUACUCCAUUCAAUAAAUUUCAUUUUGCUGA